GAGUUUUAAUUUUUUGAAAGUCAUGUACAAUACGGAAAAAUUGCACUUGGUGGAAAUCAAAAACGGAUUAGUGGCACCAAAGUACAAUGUUACUUUACCAUCUAUGGAUUGGGCCAUAGUCAUCAGACAACCAGAUUGUUUACAAAUUCAACUCGCCCAACCGUAUAUGCUUAGUUCAAUGAGGAUGCUACUUAAUGAUGGCGAAGGCCGAGCCUGUGGUUACACUAUACAUGUUUCGGUCAAUGAUAAAGAUUGGGAAAUUAUUGUGGAUAAAUCUAAGAAGUCGGCCCGUUCGUGGCAGUUGUUGAAAUUUGAUCCCAGACCGAUAGUGUAUAUACGUGUUACUGCCGUUCUAACUUCAAAAAAAGACGAACUGUUUGAACGUAUAACAUUAGUGGCACCUAUUGAAGUAGAUUUCAACGCCGGCCCAAAACAGUCGUGGUCGAUAUCACGGUUUUUGCGUCGUUAA